GGAUGAGAUACACUGUUUAGCCUAGCAAGAUGGUUUCGUUGAGAUGUAACCCAUGCAAGGGACCGACGGGAACCAGGCUCGAUGACGACGAUGGGUAUAGUGGAUGUUGAGCUGUCGUCAUCGUGCUCCCCGUCGGUCAUCUCGACGCUCCUGAAAAAGGGGCGCGAUGACAACACGAUGGGCGGUGGGCGGUGGGCGGUGGACGGUGAACGCCGAGUAGAUCGCGAACACAUAUAAGAUCGUCGUCCAAUCGUCGAUAUUGAACUCCUUGACUGUUUCCUAUCACACUUCUCUCCAUUGCCCUCUUCCCCAUCAUCUGAUCGUUGUCGAUAGUUCGGGAACUUUCACGUUUGAAUAUUCUUUCGAACCGCCGAAAACACCUGCGAGACAUUCAAGAUGCCUAUCUUUGAGGACUACGAAGCUGGCAAAACCACCGACAAGACUCACCAAGUGCGCAAGGUCGCCUCCAUGACUCUCAUAGACGGGAUCGACGAGCCCUUGCUGGUUCCCGGAGACGAUGGCGACGGGCCGAUUGAAGUCCCUGCUUCGAGAUCACCGAUCUCCAAGGUAGCCAAAUACAUGCAUACCUUGAGCGCCACCCUUUCGAUGAAAGAACGGAGGCGGUCUCGCAACUCUUUUGGCGCUGCACUACCGAUUCCCAGGUCUAAGAGAAAUUCGCGACUAUCAUCGGUCCGUUACCCCGAUGAGCUGCUCGCUCGUCCUACUCCCCCGGGGAUGCCGGCCGCCCAGACUUCCCGCGCGAUCCUGGCAGCCCAGGUGCAGAGCGUCGAGGUUGAGAAGGUGAUGAAGGCCAAGAAUAUGGCGUUCGCGUUCGACAUCGACGGCGUCCUCGUUCACGGCGACCGGCUGAUCCCCGAGGGGCGGCGGGCACUCGAGAUCCUCAACGGCGACAACGAGCUCGGCAUCCAGAUCCCGCACAUCUUCCUGACCAACGGGUCCGGGAAGCCGGAGAAGGCGCGGUGCGAGCAGCUGUCCAAGAUCCUGCAGAACCCGGUGGACACGGAGCAGUUCAUCCAGUCGCACACGCCGAUGAGCGCGCUCGCCGAGUACUACAACACGGUGCUCGUCGUCGGCGGCGAGGGUUACAAGUGCCGCGAGGUGGCGGAGGCGUACGGGUUCAAGGACGUCGUGGUGCCCAACGACAUCGUCGCGUGGGACCCGACGAUCGCGCCGUACCGGGUGUUCACGGACGCGGAGCGAGCGUCGUCGCGGCCGCGCGACUUCAGCCAGACGCGAAUCGAGGCGAUCAUGGUGUUCUCGGACUCGCGGGACUACGCGACGGACAUGCAGAUCAUCGUGGACGUGCUGCGGUCGGAGGACGGGCGGCUGGGGACGCUGGCGCGGGGCACGGCGGCGGCGGCCGCGGUGCAGCGGAUCCCGAUCUACUUCUCGCAGGGGGACCUGCUGUGCCCGACGGAGCACUGGACGCCGCGCAUGUCGCAGGGCGCGUUCCGCAUCGGGCUGGAGGCGAUGUACCGGGCGCUGACGGGGGCGGACCUGGAGCGGGUGGUGUACGGCAAGCCGGAGGCGGCGACGUACCGGUACGCGGACGGGGUGCUGGCGGCGUGGAUGGGGCGGCUGCACGGCGAGGAGCGGCUGCCGGCGCACGUGUACAUGGUGGGCGACAACCCGGCGUCGGACAUCAUCGGCGGCAACAUGUACGGGUGGCACACGUGCCUGGUGCGCACGGGGGUGUUCCAGGGCGGCGCCAACGACGACAGCAACCCGGCGAACUUCGGCGUCUUCUCGAACGUGCUCGCGGCCGUCGAGGCAGCGCUGCGCGAGCAGCUCGGCGAGGACUUCAAGAUGCGCUUCGACGACCGCAUCAACCUCGUCCUGCACGGCGACGAGGCGGACGCCGCGGCCAUCAUGUGAGCCGGGCGGUCCGGUUCCUCGACGACCCGCUUUGGCGACGAUUACCUAGCUGACUGAUCGAUUGGCUGGAUGGUUGGUUUUCUACGUGUAGGUGUGAGGGAGAUGGAAAGGGAGUUUCUCGGCAUAUGUUUGAUCUCUUAUUCCGCUUCCAUGCGACGCCUGUGUCAAGAGGUCAUGGUAGCAGCACUCCCGCCUACUAUACACAGCGAUAACCUAUUGCUUGCCUCGUGUUUCUUCCUAUUUGUGCCGCGUUGCUGGUGUUGCUGGCAGCGCCCAGGCCAGUCGCCCAACGGAUUUGUUUUUGUGCCUUGCAGCGGUUGACGCCAUAUAAGCGAUCGACCAGGGGUACCUACAUCGUGCAAUGCUCCGCCAAGAUGGGUUGGCUGGCCCCAACCGGCUAAUCGACCGGGGUCUGUAGGACUGGGUAUGAUUUGCGCACGGAGAGACGACAGCGAAGACAGACCAGCCGGGGGCGUCUGGAGCAAAGCGAUCAAUAUAUGCCGCCUGCGUUGGCUUGCAGCGCGAUUGUGCGCCUUAAUCAGCACACGUACGCAUGUGUGUGGUAUUCGUUGAGUGAUGGAGAGUGGUAAAAAUACUGUGCGUAGGUGGCUAGCCGGGCCAGGAUGUCAAGAAUGACUUGAGGAGGUCAGGCUAUCGAUGAGUAAUUUCCCAUCGCGCGGCAUUGCGACGUCGCAAUAAUAUAGAGG